AUGGCGCGCCAGUCAGGAUAUGACCGGCAUAUCACCAUUUUCUCUCCAGAGGGCCGGCUACACCAAGUGGAGUAUGCGUUCCAGGCAGUCAAGAAGAAUCAGAACAUGACCUCGGUAGCACUUCGAGGAGAUGACAGUGUCGUGGCGGUGACACAGAAGAAGGUGCCCGACAAGCUGAUGGACAAGGACUUUGGCACGCACCUUUACAACAUUACGCCCAACCUCGGCUGCUUGAUGACGGGGAUGAGUCCAGAUGCCCGGGCUCUCGUCUACAGGGCACGUGAGAUCGCAUCCAAGUUCAAGGACAAGAACGGAUACGAAAUUCCAGUGCACUACCUGGCUCUGAAGCUUGCGAACAUUGCACAGGUGUACACGCAGCAUGCUUACAUGCGGCCAUACGGUGUCAGCACGAUGCUGUUUUCGAUGGAUGAUGAGAAAGGCCCGUCGCUCUACCAGAUCGAUCCUGCUGGUCAGUACUUUGGGUACAAGGCAGCGGCAGCCGGUACCAAGGACCAGGAGGCACAGAAUGCUUUGGAGAAGAUCGUUAAGAAGAAAAUCCAAUUCACUGAAGCGGAGACCAUCCAGCAGGCCAUUGGAUGCCUGCAAGCAGUAAUGGGCAUGGACUUCAAGGCCUCUGACAUUGAGGUUGGCGUGGUGUCGAAGUCUCGGAAAGGCUUCUUUCGGCUAUCCGAAGCUGAGAUUGACGGCCACCUCACUGCAAUUGUGGAGAAGGACACGUGA